CCCUCUAGGGCCCGCCUUCUUUUCAUGCCAAUAGGCCAAGUGCACGCAGCUUUUCUGCUCAGCCCCCAGCCCUCAGUCCUGCCUCUGUCAAAAGGGUGCUUCUGCCCGUAUUUCCCUCUCCCUGUGACCCCGGCCUCCUCAGACUCCGCUGCGUCGUGUCUCGGCCCCAUCCAGCAGUUCCCGAUUACUCUUUGCCAGGGUCCGCUUCCUCACCCAGUUGCGCCAGAGCCAGCGAGCUCGGCCAGCUCUGCGUCCUGUCGGCGGGGAGUGUCUGCGGAGCACCUGCGCCUGCUGGGCCACCCGGGACUACGUUUCCCAGCGGGCCGAGCGGCCGGCGCCGCGGCUGCGGUCAGGAUUGUCAGUGGCUUCGCCCCGACGAGAGCGGACCGCCCUGGGCUGCUGCUGACCUCCGGCGGAGCUGAGCCACCAUGUCCCCGGAAUCUAAAAAGCUUUUCAACAUCAUCAUACUAGGAGUGGCCUUUAUGUUUAUGUUCACUGCCUUUCAAACUUGUGGAAAUGUGGCGCAAACUGUCAUCAGGAGCUUAAAUAGCACAGAUUUUCACGGCAGUGGAUAUACCAGCAUGGCAAUUAUCUAUGGAGUAUUCUCUGCCUCAAAUUUGAUUACACCGUCAGUGGUGGCCAUUGUAGGACCUCAACUCUCUAUGUUUGCCAGUGGUUUAUUUUACAGCAUGUACAUUGCCGUUUUUAUCCAGCCUUUCCCAUGGUCCUUCUACACAGCCUCUGUUUUCAUUGGAAUUGCAGCUGCUGUGCUUUGGACAGCACAAGGAAACUGCCUGACAAUAAAUUCUGAUGAGCACACCAUUGGGAGAAACAGUGGGAUUUUCUGGGCACUCCUGCAGUCUAGCUUGUUCUUUGGAAAUCUCUACAUAUAUUUUGCCUGGCAAGGGAAAACUCAGAUAUCAGAGAGUGACCGGCGAACAGUGUUUAUCGCCCUAACAGUGAUUAGCCUUGUGGGGACAGUUCUGUUCUUUCUCAUUCGGAAACCAGAUUCUGAAAAUGUCCUAGGAGAAGAUGAAUCUUCUGAUGAUCAGGACAUGGAAGUCAACGAGUCUGCCCAGAACAAUCUGACAAAGGCAGUAGAUGCUUUUAAAAAGUCUUUUAAGUUAUGUGUCACCAAGGAGAUGCUCCUUCUUAGUAUUACAACUGCUUAUACAGGUCUGGAGUUAACUUUCUUUUCUGGUGUAUAUGGAACCUGUAUUGGUGCUAUAAAUAAAUUUGGAGCGGAAGAGAAAAGCCUUAUUGGACUUUCUGGCAUUUUCAUCGGCAUUGGAGAAAUUUUAGGUGGAAGCCUCUUCGGCCUGCUGAGCAAGAACAAUCGUUUUGGUAGAAAUCCGGUUGUGCUGCUGGGCAUCCUGGUGCACUUUAUAGCUUUUUAUCUAAUAUUUCUUAACAUGCCUGGAGAUGCCCCCAUUGCUCCCGUUGAAGGAACUGACAGCAGUGCGUACAUCAAAUCCAGCAAAGAAGUUGCCAUUCUGUGCAGUUUCCUGUUGGGCCUUGGAGACAGCUGCUUUAAUACCCAGCUGCUUAGUAUCUUGGGCUUUCUGUAUUCUGAAGAUAGCGCCCCAGCAUUUGCCAUCUUCAAGUUUGUUCAGUCUAUUUGUGCAGCCGUGGCAUUUUUCUACAGCAACUACCUUCUCCUUCACUGGCAACUCCUGGUCAUGGUGAUAUUUGGUUUUUUUGGAACAAUUUCAUUCUUCACUGUGGAAUGGGAAGCUGCUGCCUUUGUAGCCCGCGGCUCAGACUACCGAAGUAUCUGAUCAGGUGUCCGUGAGGGGACACGUGUGACCUCAGAAACACAGUUGGACACAGAGCUUGGUAGAAGAAGUCUCCUUUGAUCUGCACACCGUAUUGGAUGAUGUUCAGUAUGGAAAAUCAAGGAAUUAAGACUGUUAAAUCAGCCAGAGUUGGUGUUCAAGUUUACAUACAUGAGUUAUUUAAAAUAAGUGGAAUAAGGGAAAGCUGUUCUGUCAACUGUAACUGUUCAGAGAUGUUGUUUUUCAUUUUAUCUAUCUCAAUCCUAUAAUCAUGUUAUAGAAUGUAAAUGUUUUCUUCUCCCUCCUGCUCUUGUUGAAAGAUCCUUCCUUGAUUCAGAAUACUAGGCCAUAUGUCAUAUAAAUAUUUUUUCUGGAUAUGGAGUUUGUUUUGCUAUAUAAUAAUGGGAAGCAUAUGUCACUCCCAUAUGUGUUGGAGAAUGAUAUUUAAUUAAAUAGCAAACCUGGG